UAUAAAUCCUCUUGUGGACCAUAACCACAAAUUAAACCACUAACCUGGUAGAUAUGUGUGCAAAUUAUGAUAACAUUUGGCAGGUACCAAUUUUAGUAAAGAUGGCUAUGAAACGAAGUUAUUUACUUUUUCAUUAAAACCCACUUGUUAGCUAACACACACAGACAACCAAUGUAUGAUAAGCAGCCCAGCAGCAGUUUAUAUACAUGACUGAAGACAAUAAUAUUGAUAGUUGGAACAUGCCAUUGCAUCAAGUUGUAGUUUCCCCAAUAACUGGUUUGCUGGAGAAAAUACCACAAGAAGAUAAUAAGAAAUCGGAUAUUAAAAUGCUAGAGUCUCCCAUCCAGGAGAGAAGUCAAUCAUCAAAUUCUGUUAUUUCAAGUGGAAACAACAUUUGUAAGAUAUGUCAUUGCGAAACGGAGAAAGACGAUGAAUUAAUCUCACCGUGUUUUUGCUCCGGUUCGCUCUUGUACGUUCAUCAAGGCUGUGUGCAAAAAUGGAUAAAAGCUACGGAUGCAAAAACAUGUGAAUUAUGUCAAUACAGUUAUAAAAUUGAUUCAACAGUGAAACCAUUCAAUAAGUGGCAAACUUUGGAGUUAUCACAUAGCGAACGUCGAAAGAUUGUAUGUUCCGUAGCAUUUCAUAUUAUUGCGGUUACUUGCAUCAUUUGGUCUUUAUGGGUGUUGAUCGACCGUACUGCUGAAGAGGUUAGAGACGGUAAUCUAAGAUGGCCGUUUUGGACUAAAUUGAUAGUUGUUGCAAUUGGUUUUGUUGGCGGUGUUGUCUUCAUGUAUGUGCAAUGUAAAGUAUAUGUUCAUUUAUUUCGCCGUUUAAAAGCAUACAAUCGUGUCAUCUUCGUGAAGACUGUACCGGAAAUCGAACGCAGCGCGCAUAAAACUCGACAGUUAGAAGAAGACGAGGUGGCUGUAUAGAUACAGCUGUUUUCGUACAUUAUUCAUGUAACCUAACAUAUGGAAGGUGUUCUUUAUGCUUGAUGGCGUGUAACUAUUAUGUGGAUUUCAACUAGGGUUGAAGGUAUCUACCGAUAUGAGUAUCGAUAAAGGGGUCUAAGUUGUGUGAUAAUGCAGCUAUGCAAAUCCGAGUUGAUUUUUCGGAGUUUUUGUAUAGAGAUUAGACGAACGGUUGUUUAUACUGUUAUUGUUUGAUCCUUAAUAUCCAGUGUGUUGUUGAAUUUUGACUGUUUAAGAAUAAUUCUUUUUUUUAUUAGUGCCACGCUUCAAGCCUAAAUUAUGUGUGAAUUUUGUUUUAAAAAAGAUGAAAAAUCCCAAUUUCGCGAAAAUUAAUAAUAGCGAGUUUCCCGAUAAUUGUCGUGAAACUAAUUUUCGCAAGAUCUCGCUCAAUACCCUCAAAAAUUAUUUUCCUCAAGGUACCAUCUGGUUCACUGAAGUUUAUCUUCCUUUUGAGGUUUUCUUGGAGCACAAUAGUUAUCUUUGUUGAGCAGAUUUUAAAUGGCUGAGAAUCAACGACGUGGUAGCUUUAAAUCAAUCAAGUUAUGUUUUGUUAAUUGUAAAUAUUGUAUAUAUAUUUAUUUGUAAAAUAGUUCUUGCGUUUGC